UGGUACAACACUGACCCAAACUGAGAAAAUGGCUGCUGAAGUUAGAGAGGCGGAGCAAAUUGUAAACGUAUCUGAUUCGGAGUCCGGGCAGUCAGAUUUUAUAGAAACUGAAAUUCCUGGGAAAAGUAAUAACAGCUUACUAGUGGCUAGUGAUGAAUUUGAUGAUAUAAGCUAUGAAGAGUUAAAUAAUGGGGCUCUUCAAGCAGCACCUAUGGGGACAAUAAAUGCGCUAGUAAAAAGAAAAGUGAAGAGACAACAUUCAAUAAUAGAAAGUGAUGGGAGACAAAGUACUGUUUCUGAGGAUGACAUAGCAAAUGAUGUUGAAAAUGAAUCUUCAGAGAUUUCUGGUGAUGAUACACAAGAUGAUAAUCUUGUUCUUGAGGUAAUUUAAUUGACUGAAAAUACGGUAAUCUAACAUUUCAGCGUUGGCGCAGCAAUUGCCAGUUGGUUAUUGGUUAAAGUUAAAGAUUGAUUCAUAUUGUUCUGGUUUGAAGUGCUGCAUUAUUUAUUUUAACAUUUUUUUUAUUAUUGAUGUCCAUUAAUAUUACAGCGGAGAGAGGUUAACUGGGUUUUCUGUGGUAUAGAAUUAGAGAGUGGGCGCUGUUUUCAUGUUGAAAUAUCAGAUUCAGAGUCAUGUGUUGUAUGUAGGUACCUCAAAACCACUCAGAGCAUCGAUCUGCACACAUCCAAAAAUGUAAAAAAAAAACCUGUUCUACAAUAUGGCGUACGGCUACCCAGUAUCAUUGGAAAAUUGCAUACUACGUCACAUUUGUUUAUUAAAUUAUUGCUUUUCUCAUCAGUGACUUAUCUAGGCACCUCAAUACCGCCUGCGCACGCAGUUUGCGCAUAUCUGAAAAUAACGCAAAAACUUAUGUGGCAAUAUAAUAUACGGCAUAGCGAAGGUGUCUUUUUUUGCGUUUUACGUCACAGUUUGCUAAUAAUAGUAUUUAAAUUAUCGGUGACGUAGAGCAUAUAUUUUUCCAAACACGGGAAUACCAUAUUUAGAAUCUUGUGACCGGUAACGCAUUUAAUUUUUUCAUCAGUAUGUACGUUAAUUGCUUAUUACUUUUUAAUGUAAAAUUCAAACGCAUAGUGUAUAAGCUCAAUACUGCUUCAUUCAGUUACAACGUUUAAUAACUUUACUUCAUUAAAAUUAGCCGUAACGAACAACAUUUAUGCCUUUCAUACUGGAAGAUGUAAGAAAAUAAAAUUGUUAGUAGUCACCCGAGUCACCCCCCCCCCCCCCCCCCCCCCCCCCUCUUCACAAAAAAAAGUGGGUUGUCGGAAAUGGUUCAUAUUACUAAUUUAAUUUAAAGAUAUUUUCAUUUAUACAUUAUAGUUCAUCUUUGAUAAUCCGUGGAAGACUAAUCAGUUAAUAAAGGGGAGACUGUUUUACAAUAAUAUCAGAAAGUAGUACAAUGUAAUAAAUAAUUUUAAAUAAUUGUAGCUCGUGUAAUCUGGUGAAUUUCGGACUUGUUUUUUCCAUUGAUUUAUAUAAUUAUAUGUAGUAGUAUUAUAGUAAUAAGGCAUAGGGCUAGUUAUAAGUUUUAUUUAUAAAUUAUAAUUAAUGUAAUAGUAACACAAUAAAAGCAGUUGCUACUACUAUUAAAAUAUACUAUUAUCAAUUGUAAUUCCAAUCAAAUAUGGUUAUGCAUUCUGGUACACUUCUAAGUCAAAAAAUAAAAAUUUUUCUUACAUAUAUUUUUGUUAAAAUUAAACUCGACAUUAUCAUAGAAAUUAUAUUAAACUAGGACAGAGGCAUAAGAAAAUUUUAACAUUUAUAUCAACAAAUAUGUAUUUGUAAUAUAUUUCUGAUUAAAUAAACAAAACAAAAAAAAGAAAUAAAUUUAAUUUAAAAAAAUAUUGGUUCAAAUAUAUCAAGUCAAAUAAUUAAAAAUAAAUGCUAUUACUAAUUCAUUGUUAAAAUAAUGACCAUUUUAUUUUCAGUCCAACCUAGCUGAUCUAUCUUUGCAAGAGAGUGGGUCUCUUCCACUAGAAAUCCCUAGUCCCCAUCUUAUAUCUAGUACAAACAGUGAGACAGACUAUGUAAAUUCUAUUGAGUGGAAACAACAAAAGAAACAUAUUUUUAUACUCAGUGAUUCUGGAAAGCCUAUUUACAGCAGGUAAUUUAGCUAUUAAUUCUCUAAAUCUUACAUCAAGAUAUGGAUUUAAAUUGUUUGUUAAUCAUAUAUUUUAAAAAGACUAAAAUGGCAAUGAAAAACAUUAAUUCCAAUAUCUGUAUGCUAAUGAUAACUAGUCUGUAAGCUAAAGAUAGCUAGAUUGUCUGCAAGCUAAGGAAAACUAGUUUAUUUGUCUGUAGGCUAAGGAAAACUAGUUUACCUGUAAGGUAAGGAUAUCUAGUUUAUUUGUAAGUUAAGGAUAACUAGUUUGUCUGUAAGUUAAGGAUAGCUGGUUUGUCUGUAAGCUAAGGAUAGCUACUUUAUUUGUGAGCUUAGGAUAACUAAUUUGUCUGUAAGCUAAGGAUAGCAAGUUUGUCUGUUAGCUAAGAAUAGCUGGUUUAUUUGCCUGUAAGCUAAGGAUAGCUAGUUUAUUAGAAAAACUAAUGGUGAACCAGGGGUUGACUUGAUGACUGAUUUCUACAAUAGAGAAAUACUUUUAAUGUCUCGUGUUUAAAUUGUUAUAAUUGUAAAAUGUUGUCUGUGUUAAAAUAUGUAUUGUAAUAAAAAAUAUGUCUAUUUAUUUGGAUUACUAAAAGGAUCAUAUUUUAUCUUAUCUUGAAAAGUAAUUUUAAACCCAGAGUUUAGUUUCCCUAUAAACUAAAUUAAUAUGUUGUAUUGAUCAGAGAUGCCAUGAACCAUUUGAUUGUUAUUUAGAUUUUUUUUUUAAAAAAAAACUUUUUCUCUUAUAAACUAAAUGUUUCCCAUAAAUAUUAAGUUCAUAACUGUCACUUUAAAUGGUAGCCUCAUUUUCUUAUUAAUUAUUAUAUUGUAGAAGCCUUGAGUAAUGUAAUACUUUGUUAUUAGAAUUAAAGCAAACGUCAAAUAUUUUGUCCUUGUUUAGACAUGGCAGUGAGGAUAAGUUGGUGACCAUCAUGGGAGUCAUGCAGGCCCUAGUGUCAUUUGUGGCAGACAGUGACAAAGACAAUUUACGUUCUAUUGUAGCCGGAGAUCACAGGUUUGUGUUUAUGACUAGAGAUCACCUGACAUUUGUAGGAGUCACUAGAGGCAAAGAAUCAACACAACAAAUGCUGCUACAGCUGACAUACAUGUAUAACCAGGUGAGUAACCCUAUUACACACAUGUAUAAGCAGGUGAGUAACACUUAUAUAACAUGUGUAACCAAGUGAGUAACACUAUCACAUACCUGUUUGACCAGGGUAGUAAUACUGUUACAUACCUGUUUAACAAGGUGAGUAACACUUAUACAUACAUGUAUAAGCUGGUGAGUAACACUGUCUUUUAAAGACAUUUGGAUAAAUAGCACCCGCUACAAAUGAAUAGUCUAUGUUUAUUUUAAUUGUCUUAUAUCUGUUUGAAGGUUGAUUCUUAUUCCAUUUUUUUUUCUCUGUCUUUUCCAAUAAAAAAUAUCAUUGUCAUAUCUUCACCAUCAUCAAUAUCAUCCUUGUAAUUUUGGACCGUGAAUCUUUCUGACCAACUUCAAAUGCACCUAGGCUGUCUGUGUCAACCUUCUCAUCUUCAAAAUCUUCAUCUACUUCUUCACCUUCAAAAAGUAUUCUUUUUUUUGUUUACUCUAUAUCCUUGAGAUGAGUAAGUUGGAACAUUUUCGUACCACCCUUUAUUGCCUCCCUUGUUUAUGUGAGAUAGUUGAAGUGACCUGCUAUAUAAUCAGGAUUAGUAUAAAUAACUUGUUAGGGUGCAAUGAAUCAAUUAGAUGUUUACUCUUUAAAAACCCACUAACAUUAUUUAAAAAUAAGAUAAUGUGUCAGUAUAUAUACAAAUAUGGACAAAGUAAGUUAUCAGAGCAAGAAAAGAAGACAAUGGUCAAACGUCAAAAAAGUAAUGUGCAAAGGAUUCAGUUAAUCAGUAACAAAACAGCCAAAAUGUGCACUUUGAAAGCAUUUUCUGCACACUAAAUGGUCUUGGCCUAUAUAGGACAGGAAAACAUUAAGCUACCGAUAAGCAGAGCUCGCUGUCAUCUCUCAUUACCAUGAGGAAAACAAUAUUGGCGGCUUGUAUCAUUCUGAUCAGAUGGCGACUUGUAUCAUUCUGAUCAGAUGCGCCGCCGAAAAUGUUAGUGUUAAAAUAACUUGUCAUGUCCAUGGAUGUAAACAAUUUUUAUUUAUAUUAACUGUCUCUAUCCUACCUCAAAAAUAUUCUCAAAUUUUAAAUACUACGAUGUUGCCUUUCUAUCCACAUAAAGGUAAUAUUGCCUUUCUAUCCACAUAAAGGUAAUAAGUGUUCUCACACUAUCCACUCUGACACGCAUCUUUAAGAGCCAUCGAAACUAUGAUCUCAGGAGGACACUGAGUGGAGCCGAGAAAUUUUUUGAUAAUCUUCUGAAUUUGAUGGAUGUGGAGCCAGGGCUCUUACUGAGUUCUGUCAGGUGUCUGCCAUUAGAUAGUGCCGUUAGAGACAAUAUAUCACAGACAAUCGUGCAAUAUGCUAAAGUUAAAGUAAGUUAAGAAUUUAUUAUUUAUGCUCGCUACCUCAUGAUUUUUCUUAUCCCUAGCAUCUCAUGUUAUUUUUUAUCCUUAGUAUCUCAUGUUAUUUCUUAUCCCUAGCAUUUCAUCUUAUUUCUUAUCCUUAGUUUUUCAUGCUAUUUCUUAUCCUUUGGUUCUCAUGAUUUUUCUUAUCCCUAGCAUCUCAUGUUAUUUUUUAUCCUUAGUAUCUCAUGUUAUUUCUUAUCAUUUGGUUGUCAUAUUAUUAUUAUUCUCCCUAGUUUUUCAUGUUAUUUCUUAUCCUUUGGUUCUCAUAAUAUUACUCUCCCUAGUAUUUCAUGCUAUUUCUUAUCCUUAGUAUCUCAUAUUAUUUCUUAAGUUUAGUAUAUUAUGUUAUUUCUUAUCACCAUUAUCUCAUUUGAUUUCUUCUCCUUAGGAUCUUGUGUUUGCACUGAUCAUAGCACACAACCAGCUGGUGGCCGUUGUAAGGAUGAAGAAAUAUUACCUUCAUCCCAUGGACCUCCAUUUAAUAUUAAACCUGAUCAAUGCGUCAGAGUCAUUCAAAGCAGCUGAGUCAUGGACGCCAAUCUGUCUCCCGAAGUUUGAUGCAGCGUAAGGAUAAAUCUUCACUUACAUGAUUUUCUUGUAAUAUUUGGAACAUAAAUCGUUUUGUCAUUUUAAUUUUAAUAUUUUGAUUUUAAGAAUGUUAAUUUUCUUUAAAAUUUAUCUAUUUAAAUAUCUAAAAUCUGAACUAUUGCAUUGACAUGUUUGAAAAUCUAAAAUCUAUACUGGUACUAUGACAUUGAUAUAUUUUUUUUAAAAUUAAAAUCUGUACUGGUACUAUUGCAUUGAUAUAUUUAAAAAAUCUAAAAUCUGUACUGGUACUAUUGCAUUGAUAUAUAUUUAAAAAAUCUAAAAUCUGUACUAUUGCCAGCCGUCUGCCAUCACAGAUAUAUGGCACAAUGUUAAAUAUCAAUCCAAAUUACUGUUAAUAAACAUCAUCCAAUUAUUUGUCACAGUCAAUAUUAUAUAAUAACUGUAUAGACGUCUGUGUACGUCAUCAGAUAAACUGUAGUGUAUAUUCUACAGCAUCCAUGUAACUGUAUAUUCUACAACAUCCAUUAAACUUUAUAUUCUACAAAAUUUAUUUAAAAGUAUAUUCUACAACAUCCAUUUAACUCUAUAUUCUACAACAUCCAUUUAACUUUAUAUUCUACAACAUCUAUUUAACUUUAUAUUCUACAACAUUUAUUUAACUGUAUAUUCUAUGACAUCCAUUAAACGCACCCUUAUGAAAUUUUCUAUGUAUUUCUAGAGGAUUCCUUCAAGCCCAUGUGUCUUACCUAGAUGACGAGUGCCAUACCUGCCUACUGUUGUUAUCAGUAGAUAUUGAGGCCUUCUAUGUCCUGUCAGAAUGCAAGGCAAAGAUUCAAGAGGUCUUCAUCCCCAUUAUUUCUUAUUUUAUAUAUCUUAUAUUAUGUUGAUUCUCAACCCCAUUCAACCCUGAAAUGGCUAAAUCAGGCCACCCAACAUAACGAUCUAUAACAUGGAACGCUCUCUAUAACAAAUGAACAUCUCACAAGAUCAGGCCUGCACAAAUCAAAAUGUAAGGUGGGCCGUAAUAAUUUACUAAAUCUUGUGCGGGCCGAAAGAAAAUAGGACAGGGGGGAGAAGCUAAUUAUUAAGAAAACAAUAAUUAUAAAAAAUAUUUGGUUACUUUGUGUGUCGCACAGCGGGUGCUGGCAAGCCGCAUCAGGUUCCACGGGCCGUAUGUUGUGCAGGCCUGCACUAGAUGAAAGACCAAUAGAGUUUAUUUCCAAAAACGGAAUGCACCAUAAAAACAGAAUACUUAAACUCCAGCAUCUUGAAAGCGUACAUGCAUUUGUCAACGGUGUGUAGCUCCGGAAUCCACAUGUUCUCAGGAGUGAAAAGGAAGAUAAUUUGUAAUUGAAAAUAGGUCUCUUGAGGGAGGAAAAAGUAUUGAUAGUUGAAUACAUUUUCAUUCCUAUUUAAGUGGUCGUGAAUGGGGACAGACUUUGAAAAAGGUUUUUUAACAUCGAGAGAACCAGUCGACAAAAACUGCCCAUCACCUCUAGAAUUAUUUUAACAUACAUUUGAAAUUAAUAUUUGAAGAAAAAAAUUACAAUCUUAAUUUAAAAUUACCAUUAAUCAUUAAUUUACACUUAGCAUUAAUUUACAAUUAGCAUUAAUCAUUAAUUAAUUUAUAUAUAUAUAUAUUACUGUAGCAUCUAAAAAUCAUUUAAAAAUUGUUUCAAUUUACCUCCAGAAAUUAAAGAAGUACAAUGCCUUGGCCGCCAUCAAUAAUUCCCUGCGUCGUAAUUCCUACUCGAUACAACAGUGCAGUAUCAAUGAUCUCAGGCACUUCCUGUACAAAGCUCGCAGCACCUCCCAGUACACAAGUCCUGAACUGGAAGCUCCAUACAACACCAAGGAAGAACAGGAACGUUUAUUCGGACUCUAUUAUUAUCUUCAUGACAGAAUUCACACAUCCGGCCGGCCCUUGAAAAUAUUAUUUCAUGUUGGGCCCUACGAAACUUUAUUAGGAUGGGUAAAUGAUUUGCUUGUUUCUUUCUCAUAAUAUUGACUGACAUUUGUUUACCAGUAUACUAGGGUUAAUUCCAGGUAUCAAUAAUUUGAGUGAAUUUCAGGUAUCACUAAUUUGAGUGAUUAGCAGGUAUCAAUAAUUUGAGUGGAAAUCAUUAUUUUUGGAAACCAAAUAUUUUGUUUAGAAAAUCUGACUUCAAACUAGUUAUUGGUUUUAUUUAACCCAUUCGCUACUAUUGCGACCAAAUGUGACAUAGCCGCCUCGCUACUAAUGCGACCGAAUGCGCCAUGGCGCUUAGCAACAUACACAUAACACACGAUAUCGCGAGAAUCAUUGUUGCCUUACGAAUAGCUUUGGGAUUUUAAGGAAGUGAGAAUAGAGCUGCUUCCGUAAAAAAAAAACGGAUGCUUCUAUCAUUUAUGGUUUGAAAGCUGCGUGGUCUAGAAGUCGGGCUACUUUUAGUGAAUUUGGAAGUGUGUUUUUGAAGACUUAUUUUGCUAUGGCGUUUCAGUUUCUGGACUCGUUGAUUGCUGCUUCAUCAUCUAAUUAUUCAGUUGCAACUAAUUCAGACAACGAGGACGAAUCUGACAUUGAGAUAGAUCAAAAUGCGCUAGACUUAGACAGUGAAUCGGAAAAUAACUCUGAUGAAAGUGGCGCUAGUAACGGUGAUGAAGAAGACACUGUCACCGAUUCUUGGUCUGACAAUUUGACCAGUGUUACUGAUAAAUUAGAGAAUUUCAAUGAAAUAAUAGGUGGAAUACACAACCUUCCUCUUGACAGUAGUCCAAUAGACUACUUUAAACUCUUUGUGACUGAUGCUGUGGUAGAGAUGAUUGUGAUCGAAACCAACCGAUAUGCAGAGCAGCAGCAAGCAGCUAAAGGCAAAAAAGAUGCCCAGUGGAAGUGUGUUUCCAGUGAGGCCAUCUACAAAUUCAUUUACAUCAACGUUAUGUUUGGAUUAUAUAAAUUGCCAACCACAAAAUUGUAUUGCUGAUAAGCUGUGGAGGGUUCCUGCAGUUGCACAUGUGAUGGGGCGCACCCGUUAUGAAAAGAUCAGACAGUAUUUUCACUGCACUAAUAGUGAGCAAACUCCAUCCAAGAACGCCGCAAACUAUGAUCCCCUCUACAAAGUUAGGCCUCUAUUGGAUCAUGUUAGGAAUGUAUGCCAAACAGCGUACAAACCACAUUGACAGCUGUCUGUAGAUGAGGCAAUGGUUGGAUUCCGUGGUCGCUUGUCCUUCAAGCAGUAUUUGAGCAAUAAACCAACCCCAUGGGGGAUUAAAAUAUAGUGCUGCGCUGAAGCAAAAACUGGUUAUGUUCUCAACUUCCAGGUUUAUACAGGAAAAAGCAACAAUCCAUCCGAUCAUGGACUGGGGUAUAAUGUUGUCAUGAACAUGAUGGAACCAUACCUGGAUAGGUACCAUGAAGUUUUUUUUGACAACUUCUUUUCCUCCCCCAAACUCGCAGAGGACCUCCUACAACGCAAGACUAACAGCUGUGCAACCAUUAGGCCUAACAGAAAAGGCUGGCCACUACCCAAAUCAAAACAGAAGAGGGGUAGUGUCAAAAUUAAACAGAAGGGUCUAAUGGUUGCCACACAAUGGACCGACAAACGGCAAGUCAACAUACUUUCAACAAAUUCUGACCCGGUGGUUACUACAGUGCAACGCAGGUCGAAACAUGGAAUGGUGGACACAGAGAUCCCAAUGCCUGUUGUGAACUACAACUCUGGUGUGUUUGGUGUUGACCUGUCGGACCAGCAUCGUGCCUACUAUCCUGUGGGCAGAGCAUCCACAAAGUGCUGGAGGUAUGUCUUUUGGUAUCUCAUGGACCUCUCAAUGGUUAACAGCUUUCUCUUGAUGAAAAGCGCCAAACCGACAGAUGCCGCAGACUCUCCUGCCAAAAAUCAUCAGCUAUUUAGAAAAGCUGUUUUGGACCAGCUUUUGACUGGAGCCUCACAGUGCAGGCAACCUGACACACCAAGUGUCUCUGGCAGAUGCAGCCCGUACAACAGUAAGCAUAUGUUAAGCCUGGCCGAAAGCGAAGGUGCUACCAAUGCUCUGUUGAUGGCAACAAGAUGGACAGCAGUAGAACCAGAGAGACGACAACAGGCUGUCAUUUAUGUCAAAUCCACCUACAUAAGGGCUACUGCUUUUCAAAGUUCCACGAAACACUUAAACAAUAAUAAAUGACCAAGGGGGGGGGGGGGUGGUCAACGCUAAGAAAAAGCUGUGUAAAUUUGAAAACUUUUUUUUCCAGGAUUUAUUUAAAAUAUAUUUGUGAAUUAAAGUAUACCAACCUAUACAUUUUUACAAAGGUAAUCCAAUUUUCUAUUUUUUAAUGUGUGUCUUGUCAUUUUAAGUUGAUGUUUAGUCGUUUAAAAACAUUUUUAUUUAACAUGGGGGGUGCAUGUUUUUGAGAGUGAUCUCCCUUUGCUUAGUAUUUCAGGGGGUGUUUUGGUGUAAGUGGUUAGUAGCGAAUGGGUUAAUAUAAGAGUUACUCCAUUACUCUCUUAGUGGUGAAUAGGCUAUACAAACUGCACCGCGAUGGUGGGCUAAGUGGAGUGAAUUUCUGUGACCAAUCACUGCACCGUGAUAGUGUGCUAUGUGGGGUGAAUUUCUUUGACCAAUCGGCUGUGACUGCUUUCUUUUUAUGUCAGAGAUCUGCAAUGCCUUGCGUCAGUGCUAAGAAUACAAUCAACAUAUUAUUUAAUUCUAUUCUCCAAGGGUAGAGCCAAGGAGAAUUUUAGGAAAAUAUAUUAGUAUUAGGUACUUUCCUUAAACAAAGAUCUUUUAAAAAAAUUUAAAUCUUCACCUCAGAAAGAGGAGUUUUGAAUAAGACACUUGAGUUAUUUGUUGUUUUUUGUCCAUGUCUGUUUAAUUUUAUUUAUUUGUUGUCCACAUCUAUUUAAUUUUCAUCUCUUUAAAAACAUUUCCCUACUGUUAAAUUAUUGACCUUUCCAACAGGUGACCCCCGGGUUUGAGCUGUUUGCUGUGUUUGGACCACUGGUGACCAAAAUAACGGCAAUCCAUGCUGUCAAUAAACUCUUGAGGUGGAUCAAGAAAGAAGAAGACAGAUUAUUUAUUCUCAGCUCUGUCACAUUCUGAUCAACAUUGUCAUAUUUCAUCUCCUGUGAUAUUGUGCCUGAGUAAUGGACAACUGUUGACCUCAAGCAAUAGUAAAGAGAAGUUGGUCAGGUGGUAUGUUCUAUGUGUGUAAAUGUUCUAUGUUGAAUGAUGGGGGGGGGGGGAAUAUUUGCUUCAUUGGCUCUUGUACACUUAUUUAAAUUAAGUUAAUUUGAACAAUUUCACUUUCAAAUUUGAACAAAUCCUUCAAGACUAUGAGUAAUGGACAACUGUUGACCUCAAGCAAUAGUAAAGAGAAGUUGGUCAGGUGGUAUGUUCUAUGUGUGUAAAUGUUCUAUGUUGAAUGAUGGGGGGGGGGAAUAUUUGCUUCAUUGGCUCUUGUACACUUAAUUAAAUUAAGUUAAUUUGAACAAUUUCACUUUCAAAUUUGAACAAAUCCUUCAAGACUGGACGUCUUGUUGUGACUGGAUGUCUGGUUGUGAGUGUGGAUCAAGUCAGUAGAAUGGAAUCAAGUGUAUAUGUUGAAAUAUUUGCCUUUCAUAACACUGAUUGCCUGAGAAAGGAUUGUAACACUGAUUUCCUGAAAUAAGAUUGUAAAACUGAUUGCCAGAGAUAAGAUUGUAACACUGAUAACCUGAGAUAAGAUUGUAACACUGAUUGCCUGAGAUAAGAUUGUAACACUGAUUGCCUGAGAUAAGAUUGUAACACUGAUUGCCUGAGAUAAGAUUGUAACACUGAUUGCCUGAAAUAAGAUUGAAAUACUGAUUGCCUGAAAUAAGAUUGUAACACUGAUUUCCUGAAAUUGAAAUAAGAUUGUAACACUGAUUGCCUGAGAAAAGAUUGUACCACUGCUUGCCUCACAAUUAUUUGACAACUUAGAUAAGGAUGGUUUGUUAAAAUGAUCAACUCCUUCUGGUUACGGCAUCAUGAUAAUGUGACAUGACUUCUAAACCAGGGCCAUGUGGCAUAUGACAUGACUUCUAAACCAGGGCCAUAGUACAUAUGCUACAGCAUAUUCUUGGAACUACAAAAACUUUUAAAAAGGUCUUUUUCUAUCAAAAGAGCAUUUUCAAAAUUUUAACAAAGAAAGGGGCCAUGGAGGUAAAUAAUAUGUUCAAAUGGGUCAUCAAAAAAUGUUAUUGAGGAAUGCUGCAAAACAAUGUUCCCAGUUCAUCUGGUACAACAAGGGAGAUGACAUGUCUCAGCCGCCAAACAUAACUUUUAAAAUGAAUUGACUAACUUCCCCCCAUAGAAUAAUACUAGUGUGAUAUGUAUAGAUAAAGCACUUGACUCCAGCAGUUCUCAAAGUCUGCUAAAAUUAUACUACCACACUUUGUGUCAGGUUUCACUUUCAUAAAUGAUCAUUAAACCAGUACCUCUCUUAAGAUAUACUAAUAUACUUUAUAAUCGGUUGUAAACAUACACUAAUAAAAAUAUAAUAUAGCUGUCAAAUACUUCAAACUCAUGAUGUCAUGCACUAUGAUAAUGAUAGUAUAACAGCCAAAAAUAGGAUAAUUUCUUCUUCUCCUAGGAACAUAAUUAUUACUUACUUAAUGAUAUCUGGUGUUUAAGCUGGCUGUUACUAUGAGGAUACUGUCCAAUGUCUGACAUAGUGCAUCUUUUGUUAUCUUUGUAAUUCAUUCAUUUUAUAACUGCUGAUGUCAGACUGACCAUUACACUACUAACGGUGAUGUACAAGGUCAUCUCUUCCAAGAGAUGGUAUCCAAUAUGUCUGUAAGACACUACUGUAUUGGUAUGUACAUUGUCAUCUCUAUCAAGAGAUGAUAUCCAAGGACAUCCAAGAUUUCAUAAGAGUAAGAGCAUAAAUUGUCGGAAGUGUCUAAAAUCUUUGACAUGGGAGAGAACUUGUUAGUUAUGCUUAUCAUGAUAUUAAUAAGGAAAUAUUUUGUUGUCUACAAUGUUUGCUACUCACGAAGAAGAAGGUUCAAUUUUGUUUUAUUUAAGACAUUAAAUUUAGAUUUUAAGAAUCAAAGGUAGGCAUUGUUGACCACAUGAGAUAGAAUCUGCCAUUUUAAAAUCUUCGAGAUUGUUUUAAAUGCACAAAAAUGUUAUUGCCAUGUAAUUUAUUUUGUAAUAAACAUUUGAAAGAAAAAAUUGCUUUCAUUGAA